GUAGGGCUCCCUCGUGCUCCCGACUUGCCAAGCCGCCAUGGCUGCCGCUGCCAGGUCGCUCCUCCGCUCCUCCGUUUACAUUCUCCACGCUACUCCAGCGACACCGUCAUCCCUCAGCCUAGGUGUGCGUCCUUCCGUCCGCCACGCGUUGGCUGCGCCCCUUCGCAUCGUAAGGUUGCCCGUGGAGGCGAGCGUCUGCCUCGAGUCGCUGCUGCCGCUGCACAGCGCCACCGGCGCCGCGAGGAUCAAGUCCAAGCUCGACGCCGGGCCCGGCCAGGGCCUCGGCUGGCUCAUUGAAGAUAAUUGACACCUCAGACAAUUUAUCUCUUGUUCAAAUGUCUAGCUAAUUGACGUACUGUUCACACUUGGUGUGCCUAUUGAUUAUGUAGAGGAAUCACUUGAACCAUAGGUCUUCCUUUUGGCCCUUUUAGGAACUCUUUGGUUCAAAACAUACGAAUGGAAAUUUUUGCUAUGAUAUCAUUGUUUAUGCAUUUGGUUCAAAGAAA